AAUAUUGAAAAUUAGCCCGUUUAACAUAAGAUUAUUAUAUUUCCUUAAAAAAUUACGCAGAACAAAUCCUUAAAACGUUAUAUGUAUUGCAAUUAUUUUUUUAUCGCGCACUGAUAUGCGCCUCUUUAUGCAGAUGUUACAUAGUAUGGCGAUAGGUUGUUGAUGCCUUAUUGGAAAGUCAAAAAUACUUUGGUGUUUUACAAAUUAUGAAGCGAUCACAAGACAGGGAUGGUUCGCCAAGAAGCAAACGCUCCCGUUCAGGUUAUCCAGGACUAGAUCAUGAUAUCAUUCGUGAAAGAUUAUCGCCAGAAAUGGAUAGGCGUGGUGGUCGCAUAAAAUAUUAUGUUGAAGAAAUGGAUCGCCCUCGUGCCAAAUACAGGGACGAUAGAUACGAGCCGGAUUACCCGCCUCCAGUUUCCAGAAGUGAAUCCAGAAACUCGGAAUAUAGGUCUCUAUGUAUAAGUGGUGUAAGUAGCAAAGUCCCUGAUCGUAUUCUGAAAGAUCAGAUGUACAGAGAAUUUGAAAAGUAUGGUGAAAUGAAUGUAAACAUCACUUUUAAUGCUGAUCAAAGGGUGGUUUUUAUAAACUUUAAGUACCCAGAAGAUGCAAGGGCGGCAAAGCAUGACAAAAUGGGUAAAUUAAUUGUGUUUGAUAGGGAAGUUAGAAUCGACUCCGUGUACAACAAAAUACGAAGCUCAAGUCCUCCACCUUACAGAGACUAUGGUGGUCGCACUGACUUCAUACCUCCAGGUCCAGGCAUGCCUAUGGGCCGUGGCUACCCUGGUCCUCCUGGACCCCCUGUGCCAGGACCUGGAAGAGAUUUCCAUGGCCCCCCACCUCCAUAUCGUGGAGACUAUGGACCUCCCCCACCACAUGAUCGUCCAUAUCCUCCUCAAAAUCGAGAGGGUCAGGGUGGGUUUGUUCCUAAGCGGGCACCAGGUAGUGAGAAGUUUCCAUACCAUUUAGAUCACGUUCCACCAGAAGAAGAUCCUAAUGCCACAAGAACACUGUUUAUUGGAAAUCUUGAUUACAAUAUAACAGAACCAGAACUUCGAAGUAUAUUUGAAAAUUUUGGUCCAAUCGAUGAAAUAGAUAUCAAAAGACCACAAAGGGGUCAAGGCAACGCAUUUGCUUUUUUGAAAUAUUUCAAUCUGGAUAUGGCACACAGAGCUAAGGUUGAAAUGUCAGGGAAGUACAUUGGUCGUUUUCAGUGUAAAAUUGGUUAUGGAAAAAUCAGUCCAUCAAAUUGUGUGUGGGUAGGUGGACUUGGUCCAUGGGUAAACAGCCAAACAUUAGAAUCGGAAUUUGAUAGGUUUGGUGUUAUUCUUAGAAUUGAUUGGCCACAUGGGAAAAACUAUGCUUACGUUGUGUAUGAAAAUGGUGAUGCUGCACAAGAAGCUUUGAAGGAGAUGAGAGGAUUUUCACUUGGUGGAAAAGAUCAUAGAAUUCGAGUUGACUUUGCGGAUCCCAGCCAUGUUGGCACACUAAUCAAUGAUGCACCUGCACUAAGAAGAGACUAUAUGGCCCAGUUUGAUCGGCCUCGAUUUGAUGGUCCCCCUCGUGAGGGCUGGACUGGUCCACCACAAGAACCUUACCCUGGUGGCGACCGCAGAGAGGAGUGGCGUGGAGAGCCAGGAAACGGGUACCGACCCAGUGACAGACCGCGCGAAUAUGAGGAGUUUAGAAGAUCCCCCGGAGAUCGUAGAAUGUCGAGGUCACCUGGAAGAGGUUUUGAAUAUGAAAGAGAUCGCAGGAGGGAAGACUUUACACCACCUCGUGAUGGGUAUAGGAGAAGAUCGUUGUCCCCAGAUGAUCAGUCGCCAUUGGAUAAUGUUCUAUCUCUGUCUGACCUAUCAAAGAGGCUUCCAGUGGCAUGGAAUGGUGCUUUGAUACUCAAGUCUAGUGCAUUCCCUGCUAGAAUGCAUGUAGUGAGUGGUAAUGUGACCAUAGUUGACACCUUGAUGAGAGAUCCUACCACAACAGAAACACCAGAUUUAACAAUCAAGCAGCGUUUGAGGCUGGACCCUAGCAAAACUGAUGACGUUCAUAAGCGUGUCCUUCAGGCAGGUCCAAGAAACCAUUGUGUGUUGAUAGCCUUUCCAAGUUCCCUGGAAAACUAUGAUGAUAGCGGCCGAAACAUACAGCAGAGACCCCUGAAAAACCUGGUUUCCUACCUGAAGCAGAAGGAAGCUGCUGGCGUGAUCAGUCUUCCGCCCUACCCAACAAAGGACAAAGAUAAUAUUGGAUUGCUUCAUGCCUUUCCACCAUGCCAGUUUGGUUACGAGUAUUUACUGAGGAGAGCUCCUAAGUUGCCAGCAGACUGUAUGCUUGAUGAUUACAUUGUGGUAGUCGUUGUUAGAGGGGCUGCAUAAACAACUUGUUGAACUGUCGAAUUUCAUGCUAUUAAGUACAACAUAAUACAAGCUCUCAUUGUUUAUCAUGAAAUCAAGUUAUAUGUUAAAUUAUGUGAAAUAUUUUUUUCAUUUUGUAAUCUAUAAUAAUGAUUUAUGAAACUUAUGAAGGUUUUUAAAAGAGUUGUUUAGUCAUUUUAAGUGCUAUUUUUAUAUGCAUUAAUGAUCAAAUAAAAUUUCCUGCAUAUUUAUACAUUUUAAACUUACUUUACCAGCUAAAAUGAAAGUUAAAGUAUGUUUAACAGUACACUACUAUUUAAAAAAAUGUAUAUGGCCGCUUGUUGCAUUAAUAAUUACAGUCAGUCAACAAGUUUAGAAUCACCCGGCAAAAAACUUAAACUUUUUUAAAUUCUUUUGACAACAAUAAUUUCUUUCGGGAUUUAGUGUCAAUGUGAGAAGAUGUAAAAGUAAAGGGUACAAUUUAUUUUGUAUGAUAACAGGUUAGGCCAAACAGCAUAUGCAGUUGUUUUUUUAAAAAUAGCGAAUAAAAGUUCACCCUUCGGAAAAUUAUUAAAAAUCAUUCAACUUACAGAAUUAGUAUUUCAAAACAUUGUCAUGACAUUUUUUUUCAAUCAGCAAAAAGUUUAUUUGAAAAUAAUAAAGCCUUUUAUAUCCAUAUGCACAUUUAAAAACAUAACUUAUUCAAUCAGUUCUGGUUAACUUUUUGCUGCAUUUAUCCCCCCCUGUAAGCAAAAUACAAAAGCUCUUUUGCUAAAACUUUGUUAAUUUAUUCCUUUACCUAAUGUAUACCUUAGACACUUUACACACUUAUCAUUUUGUUUUUAUUGGGGCAUUAUGGAAAAUUAAAUACAAAUUAAUCGGAACAGCUGAUUAUCCGGAACAGGUUGACAAACUGUACAUGAAUUAUGUAUUUUACAAAAUUAGGUUUUAAAUAAGUAACAUGUUUCUUUGUAAUUUUUCUGGUUGAAACCUGUUACCGGUAAAUAUGACUUUUUGUCCCCUACCGGUUUCACCAGAGGGGACUUAUGGUUUGCGCUCUGUGCAUCUGUCUGUCUGUCACACUUUUCUGGAUCUUGCAAUAACUUUAAAAAUUCUUCAUAAUUUUUCAUGAAACUUGAAACGUGGAUAGAUGACAAUAUGGACAUUAUGCAAAUCAUUUCAUUUUGUUUCUACAUAAAAAAUUCUGGUUGCUAUAGCAGCAAAAAAAUAAUAAUUCUGACAAUGUUGGAGUGGGUAGGGGACAUGUAUUGCUUGGCAAUAGUCUUGUUACUUAUCAUUUACUAGUAAAACAUUUACAUUUACAGUUAUCUUUAAUGAUGUUAUGAGACCACAUUCUCUUGAAUUGAUAGAACUUAUUGAAUUUUUCAAACUUUGUAAAAACUAAAUUGAAGAGAUGUAGAUCUAUAUAAAUUCUUUUUAAUUUUUAUUAAUAUGGGAAAUGCCUGAUUAAUUAUAAAUUCAAUUCAUUUGCUUGAAAUAUUGAACUUUAUUACCAAACUUUUUAGUAGCAUGAUUUUUGAACUUGUUUACAUUUCUAAAACAUUUUGAUGUUCAUUUUUUUAUAAAACACUUUGCUAUUUGAAUACAAACAAAUUAUUGUUUAAUUAUGUUAAGAUGGAAACUUGCAUUUUAUUAAAGUUAUCUUUUGGAAAAAUUAUUUAGCAGGAUUGUUUUAAAUAGCCUAUGUACACCCUGUUGUUUACUGUCUUAUUAUACUCAUGUUCUCAAUAAUUGUAAAUAGUGGUGUUCAUUGUCACUAAGGCAGAGCUCUGCAAAUCAACAUAGCUUGUUAUGUACAUGUAACAAAUACAUCACACAUGAUGAUUUAAAUACUAGUAUAAUGAUAAUACUAUACUAAACUUGUAUUAUUGAAUAUAUUGUUUGGUCUUGUAGAUUUGGAUGUACCUGUACUAUGUUUUACAUUGCUUUUGUACUUUCUUGUUUGAUUUUGCUCUUGUACAAUGAGUUGUAUUUCUAGAUAUUUCUUUGCAAUCUGUGCAAGCAGUGAUGAUGCUGAACAUCCGAGUCCAGUUACUUCCCUUGAAGGCUGAAGCCCCAUCUGUGACUGUUAAUGUUAUUUUCCUGGCUGGGGCAUGCUGUGGAACAAUCUUCUGAAUGGGAACAUUUGCGAUCAACCACAAGGAAUAGUGUGAAGAAAAUAGACUUGAUAUAAGGAGUUCAGUAUUUGAACUUGAAUAAAUUGGAUCAAAGAAGAAGUGAAUGAAAGCCCUGGACAGUGUUGUGACAUUUGUGUGAAGAGAAAUGUGUUAUAUGUGACUCACAAGAAAAGUGUUUUAUUUCUACAGUGUUGAAAAGAUGCAUAGAGAAACAUUUCACAAUGUUUCAUAUAUUUUGUGUAAUGAAGAGGAAUAUGUGUUUUUGUAAACCUGAAUGUGGUGUGAAGGUGUGUGAAUGAUGCCAUAUCUGUUGUGCAUAGUUUGUUCCUUCGGGGUUAUUUGUGUAUAAUAAUCAUGUCUUUUAUAUGCGAAUGAUUGAUCAAAAUAUUAAUGAUCACUGCAUAAGCUUGUGGGGUGAAUCUGAGAUGUGUUUCCCUGAGUGAUGAAUUAUGUGAUUUUGUUCUUAAAUACAGUUAAUGAUUCAAGGAAUAGUGAAACAUCUUGUGAUUUUUUUUAAAUGUCUUAGAUUGUGUUUUAUAGUUUUUCGGUGCAUACAGAAAAGUGAUUGUGUUUUUAUCGGAAAUGUUUUUUCUUUGGAAGUGCAUCUGUGUUUAAAGUAGAAGUUUAGUGAUGUGUAUCAAGUUUUGACCCUAAUUGCUAAAUUACCCAUUUGCUUAACCUUGUAAACUUGAGCUACAUUGUUCAUUUUAACUGUGCUUCUGUAGUGAGUAUGGAACGAAUUCAAAGUAGAAUAGAACAAAUAAACAUACAAAAACGUA